UAAGUGGACAGGAACUGAGGCCUCCAGCCAACAGACAGAGAGGACCUGAGGCCUGCCAGCAACCAUGGGAAGUGUUGGUGCUGCGGUGGGAGCGGGUGGCCCAGUAUGCCAUGUGUGGUGCGGAAAUCCUGCUUUCCAUCUAUGCCUACCAGGUGCAGAGGGAGCAGGAGCGGGACCCCGAGCACUGGGCCCUCUGCGACCUGGGGCCCUGGGUGAGGUGCUUCUCCACCUUUGCCUCCAGAAUCCUUGCCCAGAGUCCAGCACCUCCUUCCUGUCCAGGAUCACCUUCUGGUGGAUCACAGGGUUGAUCGUCCGGGGCUACCACCAACCCCUGGAGAGCAGUGGCUUCUGGUCCUUAAACAAGGAGGACACGUCAGAACAAGUCAUGCCUGUUUUGGUAAAGAACUGGAAGAAGAAAUGCACCAAGUCUAGGAAGGGUCACGGGCAUCAGCGGUCCAGGGAAGGAAGCAAAGCAAAUGGAGAAUGGCAUGCUGGUGACAGACAGUGCGGGGAAGCAACUACAGAACUCAGCAGUUCCUCCUCCUAUAGUGGGGACAUCAGCAGGCACCACAGCAGCACCGCAGAGCUGCAGAAAGCCGAAGCCAAGAAGGAGGAGACUUGGAAGCUGAUGGAGGCUGAGAAGGCACAGACAGGGCAGAGUUUGCAGAGUGAGACAGAAGAACUCAACCCUCUAAUCAGCCAUGUCUUCAUGAUGGUGACCAGUUCCCAUCUUGAAUAUACCUAGGAGCUUCCAGCCAUUGAUCAUUAGCAUACCAAAAGACAUCACUUUGGAAAUUUGAAGGAGUUUAAGAAUUGUACACCAAGAAAUGAGUCAAAGUCCAAACACAGAUUUUACAUCUGCAGUUUUGAAUUAUGUAGUUACAGCUACUAACAGUUAACUGUAUUCCAAACAUACUACAUUGAAAACUCCAGAAAUAAACAAGUCAUAAGUGUUAGUGUACCAGUCUGAGAAGCACAAUAAAAUCUUGAGCUCUUGCCCUCUAUCCAUCCCAGGCUGUGAAUCAUUCCUUUGUCCAGUGCAUUCACACUGCUUGUGCUGUCCAGCCAUUAGUCAUCAACAUGGUCUCUGCCUGCAUCCAGCCAUCGACAUCAUUAAGGCCUGAAGGUCCAGGAACACUCAAAGCUGGUAAUCUUUUUUCUGACCUAGAGUCAGGGGGUGAAUAGUGACCUAACACUACUUGACAAUGCCUACAUCAUACCUCACUUCAUCUUAUUACAUAGGCAUUGUAUCACUUCACAUCAUCACAGGAAAAAGGGUGAGAACCAUACCAUAUAUUUUAAGAGACCACAUUCAAAUAAUUUUUAUUACAGCAUAUUACUAUAAUUUUCCAUUUUCCUUUAGUUAUUGUUAAUUUCUUACUGUACCUAAUUUAUAAAUUAAACUUUAACAUAGAUAUGUAUAGGGAAAAAAAACAGUGAGUGAUUCAGUACUAUUUGUGCUUUCAGGCAUUCAGAGGGCCUUUGAAUUUAUCUCCCACAGUUAAGGGGGAACCACUGCACUUAAUUUGUUGUAACACAACACAUUCUCUUUAGCUCUUAAAACUGCAGUUUAGGAUAAAACACCAUAUCACCAGAAUUCAGCAAAACCUAGGAAUCAGACCAGAAACAGGGACUCUUGCAAAAACUUUCCAGCUGCCAGUGGAGAAGCGCUCAAGAGAUAUUAAUGUGUUACUCUGGCCAAUAGUCUUGGGGAAGGUGCUGGCUCUUUUACUUAGUUGUAGCUAUGUGCUCUGCCCUACAUCUAACAAGGCCCAAAUUCACCUGCCAUUUGUCCGCCCACGGAAGGAACCACUGGAAAGAUGACUGCUUUAAGAGCUUAUCCACUCCGAAACACAUCACAGAAGACGACUGUCUCAACAACAACAACAAAAAAGAAACAAACAUAAUUGUUCCCGUGUAAAAGUAAGUCUAGGUCCACACUAGAUCUGAAGAGUUCUCAAUGCCAUGAGACAGGACAGAAAUAUAUUAAAAAAUUAUAUUCCUGCUUUCUGUAGAAAUAAAACUUGAAUUUAAGCUUUUGUAAGACAAGUCAAGAAAAAGCAAAAAAUGCAAAGUAAAACUUGAAAGGCCAUUUCAUCAUCAUGGGCUCAUGAUCACGAGAUAUUCACAAACUAUAUAUAUUGUUCAUAUUGUUCAAAACUUUGGUUCUCAAUUUUGACAUGAGUAAGUUGCAGUUUCAUUCAAGGAUGUCCAAGAGGUCAAAUAAGACAAUGUCAUUUGCUAUUUUCAGUCUUUUUUUUUUUUUUUUUUUUUUAUAGAGAACAGUAAACUUCUUUAGA